AUGGAUAGCUCCGAGACGUCAGACCGUUUGAUUGCCAUAGAAAUGCGGUGCCAUAGAGUGGCAGGUAAAACAAAAAGGGAUUGCAUCAGAAAUGAGACCAUAAGAGAGCAGUUGGCCAUACAUGAAGACCACUUUCCAGAGACGACAGCUAAGAUGGGCAUGUGUGCAGGAUGCAUGAGGACCGAGACCCAAGAAGGGUAAUGGAAGACUGAUCAACAGAAGAAGUCA